AUGCAAGUCACCAUCAAUGUUAUUAUUGUCUGUAUGGCCAUUGAACAGGCGUUGUGCAAUAUUGUUCCGGCAUCCACGAAAAAAUGGCUUAAUACUGGAAGUAUGAAAUACGGACGAAAAGUGCACACUAAAUCCGUAUUAGCGGAUGGAAAAGUGUUAGUUACUGGUGGAUGUUGUUCUGCCGCUGGCAACAGUACUGAGUUAUAUGAUCCUUCCACAGGUAGAUGGACAACUAUUGGCAACUUAAAUUAUGUACGACAGUUUCACACAGCGUCCCUAUUACCGAAUGGAAAAGUGCUAGUUACUGGUGGAACCAAUAAUGUUGUUGUUUUAAAUAGUGCUGAAUUAUAUGAUCCAUCAACGAGAAGCUGGACAACUACUGGUAACAUAGAUAAUGCACGAAAGCUUCACACAACAUCUGUAUUAACCAAUGGAAAAGUGUUAGUUGCUGGUGGAGAGAAUGAAACUGCGCUUUUAAAAAGUGCACAGUUAUAUGAUCCAUCAACGGGUAAAUGGACUACUACUGGCAAUAUGAAAUAUGCACGAGCGUUCCACACUGAAUCCGUAUUAUUCGAUGGAAACGUGUUAGUUACUGGUGGAGCGCCAUUUCAGGUUGAAUGUCUAAAUAAUGCUGACGUACAUGAUCCGUCAACAAGUAGAUGGACAACUACUGAAAACUUAAAUAAUGCACGACUGCUCCACAUAACAUCCCUAUUAACGGAUGGGAAAAUAUCAGUUACUGAUGGAGAGAAGUCUCAUGUGGGACCUCUAAAGACUGUUGAGUUAUACGAUCCUUCAACAGGUAGAUGGACAACUACUGGCAACUUAAAUUCUGCACGACAGCUUCACACAGCAUCCCUAUUACCGGAUGGAAAAGUAUUAGUUACUGGUGGAACCAAUAAUGUUGUUGUUUUAAAUACCGCUGAGUUAUAUGAUCCAUCAACGAGAAACUGGACAACUACUGGCAAUAUGAAGUAUGCACGACUGCUCCAUACAGCAUCCGUAUUAUCCGAUGGAAAAGUGUUAGUCACUGGUGGGAACGGCAAUACUGUCAUUUUAAAUAGUGCUGAAUUAUAUGAUCCAUCAACGAGAAGCUGGACAACUACUGGCAAUAUGAACUAUGCACGACUGUUCCACACAGCAUCCGUAUUAUUCGAUGGAACAGUGUUAGUUACUGGCGGAAACAACAGUACUGAAAUUCUGAAUAGCGCUGAGUUAUAUGAUCCGUCAAUAGGUAACUGGAUAACUGCCGGCAACCCAAAUAAUGCACGAAUGUCUCACGCAACAUGA